AUGUGGGACGUAUGGCUAUUCCCAUGGUCUCUUGGCCUUUCACUCGUGCCUUAUGAUAUUCAAGUUGUCACGUACGCGAGACAGCCAUGCAUUUCAUAUUACUGGAAGUACUCCUUCUUGUAUGUAUAGGUGAAUACGCAGAAACCGUUGGUAUUGCUGGGUGUGGAAUCGUGGAUCAGCUGGCAUGUGAUGACUUUGAGGAAAGGAGGGUGUGUGGAUCGGACGGGAGAGACUAUUUUAAUGAUUGUGAUUUUGCCAAGGCUCAUUGUCAUGACCCUUCACUGCACGUGGGAUAUGUAGGAGAAUGUCCCACGACAACGUUAGCCAGGACAACGACGGCCACAACCACAUCUCCAACUACGCAUCCGGCUAACGCCAAUCUGUUGUGCAAAGCUCUCCAAGCAGCCCAGUGUCCUGAUGACUCCGAGGAAUUAUGCGGGACGGAUCGGAAUACUUAUCCCAAUUUGUGCAAAUUUCAACAAGCCAAAUGUUCGUCCCCAAGGUUAGAAAUUGACCACGUGGGAGUGUGCGUCACACCUAGCCCACUGUGUGAGGCAUUCUCCAUUGCCAUUUGUGAGAAUACCAGAAGGGAAAUGUGUGGAUCUGACAAAAUCACAUAUUAUAAUCUAUGCUACUUUCAAAAAGCAUUGUGUCUCAACCCCUCGCUCUCCGUGCUCCACGAGGGCUCCUGCAAUGGCGUCCAUGCAACAGACCCUGCCAUUACGCCCCCGCCCAAAACAACAACGCCCACAACUACAGUCCGGCAGGGACCAACUCUCUCCCCAGUUUGCCAGGCCUUGCUGCUUGCAGUGUGUGGAAGUCAUGUUGAAGCAAUGUGUGGAAGUAAUGGCAAUACCUAUCCAAACCCGUGCCAGUUGAAGAAACACGAGUGCCUUGACCCAUCUAUCACUUUAGCGUAUGUCGGCCACUGCUCGACGUCAACGACGUCAACGACGUCAACGACGACCGUCAUUCCGUCAACGACGACCGUCAAUCCUUUAACGACUACCAUGCCUUUGCCGUCAACUACGCCUGUACCAACGGCACAAGAGUCAACGACGUCACUACCAAUGACGUCAGGACCAACGGAACAAGGGUCAACGACGCCAAUACCAGUGACGUCACAACCAACGGCACACGUGUCAACAACGCCACUACCAGUGACGUCACGACUAACGACACAAGGUUCAACGACGCCACUACCAGUGACGUCACGACCAACGACACAAGAGUCAACGACGCAACUACCAGUGACGUCACAACCAACGCCACAAGAGUCAACGACCCAAGGACCAACAGGGCCAGUGCUUACUGUGUCAGCGCUAGAUAUAAUCUGUAGAGCUAUAAUGCAUUUUAACUGUCCGAGUACACCCGAACCAAUAUGUGGCAGUGACGGCAAGACAUACCCAAACGAAUGUGAGUUUGAGAAAGCUAAAUGCACACAUAGAAAUCUUCACGCUGCUAGCUUUGGGCCCUGUAACAAGUGAUAAAUAAACUGGUGUGACCCUUAUAUGUACUUAGGUUUAUUAAAUAUAUUUUGCGGA